CGGUGUUUCUCUCUCGCCGUCAGCCUCUAGGCUGAUAAUUCAGUUUCAGUGCUCGCAUAAUGGUCAAAACCAGAAACAUAACCCAUAAUUCUGGGCAAAAUUGACUGGCGGUCUGUCAGCGCCUGCGCACUUUCCAUGCAAGUCAUUCAGGCCAGCGUCGUACCAGAGUUGAUCACGGAGUAUGAACCGUGUUUCAAUGACGUGCUAAGAGAUGUCGAGAAAAGGGGUCCAAAGAUUGUCGGAGAGGGCUCGGAAGGUCUACACCUGGCACCCUCCCACUACAGUUCUCUGCUAUGGAGAUAGAGGAACUGGAAAACGACGAAACGCCAUGGGCCCAAGGUGUGGACCUUAUAGAUGAUUUUAUUAACAAAACCGCAUGUCCUGAACAUGGGAUUUCGAAGGCACGACUGGCUAAGGGUGUUAAGAGAUUGCUGAGUUGCGAUGAGGAACGAGCAGGAGCGAAAGGCAUCGCUCAAAGCAUUUGCCUUUUGUGGAUUAGACAUAGGGCGGAUCGGGGGACUACAGGGUAUUCUACAUAUCAGGGUCAUAAACAAAUAUCCGUAAAUGACCCAAGAGCACCAAAACUCUCACCGCCUGGAGAUCGCUCAGCUUUCUUAAAUGAAAGACGGCCAGGGUGUCUUUGACCCGGAAGCCGUUCCAUGAGAAUGA